AGACACACACACACACACAGAGCUGACGAUGAUCGAUGAAGAGGAGGAGGAAGAGCAGCAGAGAGGGGGUGUUAUUGUGUUGAUGGAUGUGUGACUGGGCCUCUCAGCUGUUCACACACACACACGCACGCGCGCACACACACACACACACACACACACACACACACACACACACACACAACUGCACCCUCAGUUUUUACUCUUCACCUUUCUGCUCCUCACAACAACAAACACACAAACACACAAACACACAAACACACAAACACACAAACACACACUUCCUGUUGCUCCGGGCCGCUGAGACUCAUUAUCUGUGGGAAGUCCAUUUACACACACACACACACACACACACACACAGCGUGACCUGGCGCUCAUGUUGCACCAAUCACCGUCCUCUGAUUCGUCUCUGUGUUUCCAUCUCAGCCCACGGCGUCCUCUUCCUCGUCCUCUUUAUCCUCCUCCUCCUCUUCAUCGCUCUCAGCUCCUCUCAGCUGAUAGAGCUUAUUGUGGACAAACAGGCUUAGGAGCGUCGCUAUGGCAACGGCCAAUCGUAAAAAGCUACAUAAGCACCUCGUGGGUUGGGAGGGGGGGCUCUUGUCGGAGAAGGUGCCCCAACCUCCUGCUGCAAGUAAAGGCAGGCCAGAGAGGCUCCUGGGAGGAGGAGGAGGAGGAGGAGGAGGAGGAGGAGGAGGAGGAGGAGCGAUCACUGUGGGACUGUGAGGAGGAGCAGAUCCUUUCUUUCUCUCUCCCUUCUGUUCCCUCGCUCAGCUCUCGUCUCCUCAGCUUCCAUCGGCCUUCAGACGGACUCGGGUUUUUGUAGCUGCUGGAGUUUGAAGAAGAACUUGAGCAGAAUAAAAACAGGUACGUGAAGAAGGUUCCUUCUUCUUCUUCUUCUUCUUCUUCUUCUUCUUCUUCUCCUGUGUUCUCCAGUCAGGCUGAUGUUCUGAAAUGUGUUGGUGGUGAAAAGAAAGAGCAGAGUGUUGAGAGGAGGAAGUUUCAACAAACUGAAACGGUUGUUUUUUUUGGUUAUUUUAGUUUCUAAUUUAACAGUCGGAGAGAAAACGAUGAAGCAGAGCGCCCCGUCCUGACUGAACUCUGCUGAAUUAGAUCAAGUCUAAUUAUUGAUUAUUGAUGAAGGGUUAAUUUGAGAAGAUUUUAACCCUUUAAUUACGGCAGAAAAUUCACUUUUUGAUUGAUUAUGACUGAAAAUCAAAAUGUCCUUCAAAUUGAACAAAUAUAUUUAUUGAUCUGGUUUGAUUCAUUCGAUGUUUUUGGAAACUGAGAUUUUGAUCAUUGAUCGGACUGUAAUCAGGUGUUUUUUUAUUGAUCAUAUUGAUUUGAUAGAAGUAUGAAUCAAAAGUCAUUAAAGGGUUAAACUCAGAAACACCUGAACCUGACCUUCAUCAUCAUCAUCAUCAUCAUCAUCAUCUGAGAGUCCAACAAGGAGGACUCAUGGAGAUCUGCUUUAAGAACCAGGUCCUCAUCAGACCCUGAAGACUUUAGAGAUGAUCCAGAACAGACCCUGGAGAACCUCCAGAGUCCACCUAGAACACCUCUGCUGGUGUGGGGCUUUUAUUUUGAAAGGUUACCUGUGUCACAGUGAACAGUGGGGGUCAAAGGUCAGGGCCGGGCUCAAACUAAUCUCUCUCUGUUGUGUCAGCAUGGAGAUAAUCGGACCCACAAACCGAGCCAAGACCUGAGUCCUGUUAGGUCCAAACCAGCUCUCUAUAUCAGAGGUUCUCAACCGGUGGGUCCCGACCCAAAAGUGGGUCACGGACAUGUUCAGGAUGGGUCGCGAACAGCUGGUUAAAUAAGUAUUGAUGUUUGACAUGUCUUUUAUUUUGAAAAGUAUCUUAUUUUGAAAGGUGUGUGUUAUGUCCUUCUUAUUAAUGUGGCCUGAUGCAGUAAAACGACAUGUUUGUUUUUUUUUUGUCUCGUUUUUAUCUGUCCGUCACGACUUUAGGAGGUUUAUGAAGUUUGGAGAAUAAAAGUCAAAAGUUUAAAUUAUUUUCAGCUCUAAUCAGUGAAACGGAGAGACGGUGUUCCUGAUGACUCGUCCUCUGUUCUUCAUCUCCUCACUCAUUCAUUCAUUCACUCACUCAUUCAUUCACUCAUUCAUUCACUCAUUCACUCAUUCAUUCAGUGUUUUUAUCUUUUAUCUUUCUUUGUCCCCCUGGGAAAUCAAUAAAGGAAUAUUCUCUCCUAUAACGGUGAAUCAAUGAUCAAUAAUCAGAUGAUAAUGAAGUUCAGUCUAAAAAUAAUGUCCAUCAGAGACUGAAGUGUCCCAUUAUAAUGAAUGCAGCACCUGUGGGAGUGGACGAGACACCUGUGGAACAAAGAGCCGGUGUGUGAGUGUGUGUGUGUGUGUGUGUGUGUGUGUGUGUGUGUGUGUGUGUGUGUGUGUGUGUGUGUGUGUGUGUGUGUAUGUGUGUGUGUGUGUCUUUGAUCUAACAGACUUUAAAGUGAUUGAUAUGCAAACCAGCGGGGGGGCGGGGGAACAUGAAGGUCUCUGCGUGGAGAGCGGCGGUUCUUCAGCCUCCUGAAUCAUCGAGGAUCAGCUGAUCAGCUGAUUUUGACCUUUUUAAAACGUGAAUUUAUGACGGCGGGUGGAAUCAGCUGAUCUCCUCUGUUGACCUUUGACCCUCAGCAGAGACAGCAGUCUUCUGUUCAGUCUCCUCAUGUUGGUGUUCAGACCUUCUCUGUGGUCUCCAUCAGGGGGGCUGUGAGGAACAUCAGCAGCACCACCAUGUCCUCCUGGUUGAACUGGACUGAGCCGUACUAUCAGAGUCCUCGCAGAGACCCGGCCGACGUGGUCACCGACACCCUGAUGUUGGAGUUUAACUGGCAGCUGAAGGAGGCCGAGCGGCAGCAGAAAGAGAGAGAGAGCGAGUACCGCCGACUCCAAACCGGCGUGGACUACAGCUGGCUGGCCUCCUCGCCACGCUCCUCCUACAGCAUCAGCACCGGAGAGAAACUGGGCCUGGAGGACCUCUGCUCCAAGGUUCCUCCUCCCUGCUGUGGGCUCGUUAUACUCAAGUAAGAGAGACACACACACACACACACACACACACACACACACACACACACGCACACACACACACACAGACACACACACGCACACGCACACACACAGACACUCACACAAACACACACACACACACACACACACACACACACACACACACACACACACACACACACACACACACACACACACACACACACACACACUCACGCACGCACGCACGCGCAAUAUGGUUAUGUAACCUGUUCUGUCAGCAUACAGGAUUUACAACACUAUACUAUACCAUACUGUACUAUACUAUAGUAUACUGAACCAAAUUGUCCUUAACUUUACCAUACUAUAUAGUACAGUAUACUCUACAUUAGUACACUAUAGUGUACUAUAGUGUACUAAAGAGGAGUAUACUAUACAUUAGUACACUAUAGUACACUAUAGUACACUAUAGUGUACUAUAGUGUACUAUAGUGUACUAUAGUAUGUACUACAUUAGUACACUAUAGUGUACUAAAAAAAGGAGUAUACUCUACUUUAGUACACUAUAGUGUACUAGUACACUAUAGUGUACUAGUGUACUAUAGUGUACUAAAGAGGAGUAUACUCCUCUUUAGUACACUAUAGUACACUAUAGUGUACUAUAGUGUACUAUAGUAUACUAAUGUAGAGUAUACUCCUCUUUAGUACACUAUAGUAUGUUAUAGUACUUUAUACUUUUCUAGUUUUUUUAACCUUUAAAGCUCGAUUUAAAACUCCAGCAGCUUUUUAGCGUCACUGAUGGACCUGCUGCAGAUUGAUUGAUCAGGUCUGAUCAUGUCUCUGUUUUCAUGGAGCCUGAUAUUGAAUGAUUAGAUUAAAGUGUGACCUGAAACACUGGAACAACAGCGGUAUGGCGUAGAUGAAUUUAGAUUUCCUGUUUCCAGACUCUUUUGUUUUCCGCACAGGUCCUCCAUCUUGUGGUUGUUGGUAUGAACAUUUGUGUGAGCUGGUGUCUGAUGAAGAGCUACACAACAGACGGGAGAUGUGUGUGUCUUUGGAGAACGAAUGAACCCACUGAGGAAAAGACAUGAUUGUGUCACACAGCGGGUUCAAUUAUCAUGUCAGAGCUGUAAACAGUCGAACCUCCUGAUGUCAAACAGCAGACACUUGAGUUUGGAGAUGGAACAUCCAGCAUGUAUCUGUGAUUCCUCAUGGUUUAUGAAGACUCAGUGUUUUCUCCUCUGUGUAAAAUAUAAGAGUGGACUGAGUCAUGCUGAAGAACAAAGGUCCGGUCAGGAUUCAGUCGACCCAAAGGUCAUUAAAGGUCAUUCUUUUAGACCUUCAUUUUCACACAUGAGGUCAAAGGGCCGAAUGCAGAACUAUAAUAAUAAUAACUCUGGAGCCUCAAACAGACACAGUUACAGGAAACUUCUAGAAAGCUGACAGGGUUUCUUUAUCAUUCAGUCUCAAUAACAAAGACGUUCACUCACCAAACUCACUGAAUACAAGUGUCUGACUUUGAACAGAACGCUCUCACCUGUUCCUGAGAGUCAAAGGGGGCGGGUCUUAACAGGCGCGCACAUCGGCUGCUCUGAAGAUCUAACCCAAGGUGACCUCCCAAAUCCCCGUUUGGUCAAGGUGUCGCUGGCAGACGGUGAAGCACGAAGCGUCGUGUUUGGCAGAGCGGGGCGGACGUUUCAGCCAAGUCCUCCGUCCUGAACACACACACACACACGAACCAUCGAUGGACUCGUGUGUGUGUGUGUGUGUGUGUGUGUGUGUGUGUGUGUGUGUUAAUCUCGUUGGAGCAUCUGUUCACACACAGCUGCCUCAGGUGUCUCAGGUGACUUGUUAGAGUUUGGCAGAUUUUGGGAGGCGGUGUUAAUGUGCUAAAUGCUCGGUGGCACUAACACACACACACACACACACACACACACACACACACACACACACACACACACACACACACAGAUCUUAAUUGGAAGCACAGAGGGGGACGUCCUCAUAUUGACUGAAGUUUAAUGAAAUGGCGGCGUCUCGCUCACACGCUGGUUUCCAUGGUCACGCUCUCUGAACGACACACAGGCGGAGAUAAAAACUGAAGUUCAGAGAGAAAAGAGCAGACUGGACGUUUUCCCUUCACUAUAUAAAACUAGAACACCAACAGAAUCUAAACCUGAACGUCUGCAGGAGCAUCAAUACUUGUUUCUUUUCCACACUUGAGUUUUUUUAUGAGUUUUUAUUUCGAUGGUUUCAAACUGGAAAAGUUGGACCUUCAGUUUCUCUAAAGUUGGUUCAUUAUUACGAUUAUUAUCUUUAUACUUCACUGUCAUGUCAGACAUCUGAAUGUUAAAAACCACAUGAACCAUUUGUGUUCUCUGUUCUUUUGCACCUCAGGGCCACCGUAGUUCUGCACAGACAGCAACAAUAAUCACAGUGAAGGUUCUGACCCGGAAUCUGUUCAGAACUAAAGAGCAGGACUGGAGGUUCUGAGUGUCAAACAGGAUCUCUGCUCGUUAAGGUUCUGCUCGUUAGCAGGAGGACAGGACUCGACCCGCUCUCUCAGAUAGUUCUGGUUCAUCGUUGGUCUUUCUCUCCUCUCAGGUUCAGGGAGGUCAUGCAGACCAACGAGCCGGAGGUUCAGGAGGUGUCUGGCCUGUUUCGCUCUGUGCUCCUGGAGGCCCUGGAGAACCUGAAGGAGGAGCAGGAGGCGCAGAGGCUCACCCGUCAGUGGAACAACAAACGUGCCAUGAGCAUGUCCUUCAUGAACUUCAGGUCCCGCAUCAAGAUCAACCCGUUUGGGAGCACGGUCGGCCUGACCGCCGCCGUGUCUGACGGAGCGGGGCUCAGCGACCUGAAGACCGUGUCUGAGGACGUGGAGAGAGGGAUGGAGCGGCAGGAGCGGGCCCAGAGGGUGUGGAGCAUGCCGGACUUUAGAUACAAAGGUACCAGCAGCAAUAAAGUGGUCUGAGAAGGCGGGACCUUCACAGACGCCAACACCGCGGGACGUCUCAGUAGGACACACUUUGGAGACGUCCUGUCAGCGUUUCAUUCACUCACUUCAAACUCAGACGACGUCUCCGUGUUUUUCCACUUACUGGACCUUGAAACGGUUCUGCUGGGUCUCCUCCUCCUCUGCAGACGGACUGUUUCACUUUGAAGGCUGUUUCUCACAGACUUGUUUCCUUUAAAUGCUUCAUACACAUGUAUAAAUAGAUGUAUGUAUAUAUAUGUCAGACAUCAGGCCUGAAGGUCCGGUUUGUGCUCCUGGUGACAGAGUGAAUUCCUGACAUCAGGAGACAAACUGGACCUCUCAGAGAAAAAGAGUUUUUGAGUCUCCAGAAUCUUUUCAGGGUUUAUUUCCGCCGACCUCCUUCAUGUUUACACCACCCUCCAUUAAAAAAACAACAAUCAUGUACAGAGGAACAACUCUCUUCAGCCCAGAGGGUCCAAACCAGUUCUUGGAUUUGGGGCGGAUCAGAACAGAUUCACAUCUUUAACCAGAAACAGCAUGAAAAUAAAAAAAAAGAGACAUUUCCUAAAACUAAAGAGGAGACGGUCAGAGAGAGUCGAGGACUGACAGAAGCAGGCGGUGAGAAGGUCUCUCCAUGUUCAGAAGACAUCAGCUCUGACCUUCAGCUUCUUUACAGACUGACUGUGAAGUGGGAGAGCUUCACCAACGUCGCUCUGAAGCUGCUGACCAAACUUUACACUGACCUGUAUCAAAGACAUUAAAGGAAGAAUGUGUGACGUUUGUUUCUGGAGGCUCAUACACACUGAACACGCUGGAUCUUCAUCCAUCAGUCUGCUCUGAUAACAGCUGAUCCUCUGCAGAGGAGGGACCAGGUCAGGAGCAGACUCACAGAGGCAGGGUUCGACUGUCCGGGUCGAUAUUUCACACCGGCCCAGACUGAAGCGUUUCCCUCCUGACUUCAUCAGCUUUAUUUCUGCUCCUCUGCUGAGAUGAGAUCUUGUUUCCUGAGUUCUGUUGGCGUGUUCAGGCGUGAGCCCGACGGUAUCACAGGGUCGAGUUUAAGAAGUCAAGAAGUUCUGCUCGGUUUUUAUCCCGCUGAAACACAACAGAGGGCAGGAGUGAGCGUCGAUGAGACCCUCUGACAUGAGGAUGAAAGGGUGAAUUUUACCUGUUUGUCUUUCUUUGACUUCUUCACCUUCAUCUUGAUUUUCUUCCCUGAAAUCAUACUGUACUUUCCUUUUUUUCUGUCCUUCAAGUACUGAAAGAAAAACACGCUCAGAGUUAGUCAGGAAUACGACAGCUGACUGACGGUGAGAUUAUUAUUAAUCUGUGGGAUUACAAAGAGACAGUAGAGACUAAUGUCACAUUAGCAAAUACACAAAUAUAUCUAUAUAACCAAAAACAACCAUUACAGUCUUCUUAUAAUCUAAAGACAGUUUCUGACGUCCUUGGGUGGACGGGUGACAGACGGUAGGAUUGUUGUCGUCGUUACCUUGGAGAUCUGUACGGGUCCAGAGUUUUCUUCUCCUUUGGCUUUUUUCUCUUUUUUACGUUUUCGCCGCUUCUCUUUCUUUCCUUUCUGCUCCCGUUAAAAAUAAAAUAGAUGGAUUUUGUUAUCGGUGAAUUCGGUUUGAAAUAUGUGUCAGUUCUUUGAAUGCAUGAGAAAAAUAAAAUCAUUACUUUUUUCUGUUGUUUCUCCUUUUUUCUUUUCUUGGACGGUUUUCUGGAUUUACUUUGGGAGUCUAUAAAAACAAGCAAACACAACAAACUGGACCAGAGUCUUCACCAGAACACACGCGACAUCUGGAGUCCACGUCUUCACAGGACACAUGCAGAUUUAGGCAACAGAAGCAGCAUCCAUCCAUCCAUCCAUCCAUCCAUCCAUCCAUCCAUUUAUUCAUCCAUCCAUCCAUCCAUCCAACUAUUCAUCCAUCCAUUUAUU